AUGCUAUACCUCGAAAUAACAAUUCUGUCAUUAGCUGUUUUAGCGGAGCAUAGAUAUUGCGUGGUCAUCCAGGAAUGUCCCAAACUUCACAAGCUCCUGCUUACUCUGGACCCUAUGACAUUAAUAAAAUUGACGUCACUAAGUUGCGGGUAUGAAGGUGUAUAUCCCAAAGUUUGUUGUACAGAAGAGAAAAUGAGCCAUCGAAACGAUUAUAAUGAUCAAAAUGAUGUAACUAAUUAUCGUGACGUAAUGAGUUUCAACGAUCUUAUUCCAACUUCUAAUAUGGUAAGACAUAUCCAUGGUGGAAUCGCUACUUUUCUUCAAGAGUUUCCGUGGAUGGCACUCCUAGAAUAUGACACGCCUGAGGGAAUGAAAACAUCCUGUGGUGGAGCCCUCAUAAAUCAUAGGUACGUGCUAACAGCAGCUCACUGCGUCUCAGACAAGAUCUUACCUGAGGAUUGGUCCCUGACCGGAGUAAGAUUGGGCGAAUACAACACUGCAACAGAUAUGGAUUGCACAGUUUUCGGUGACUCGGGUUUGAUCUGCAACAAACACAUCACCGUUGGCAUCGAAAAAUCAAUUUUACACGAAAACUAUAAUACAUAUAAUCAUCAGUCUGACAUAGCCCUUAUCCGACUUUCACGUGACGUGGCUUUCACCGACUACAUUAAGCCCAUUAGUUUGCCAAGUGGCCCAUACAUCCAAAAAAAACUAACAGUCGCUGGUUGGGGAAGAACCGAAAGUGGAAUCUCGUCGGAGAUUCUGCUGAAGGUCACUCUACCACUGGUAGAUCGUGAACUGUGCUCGGAAAAAUACCAAGUCCAGAUGCUUGAAAGCCAAAUUUGUGUUGGGGGUAUGAAAGGCACGGAUUCGUGCAAAGGAGAUUCCGGUGGUCCUCUCGUACAACUAGUCAAAAGUCCUUAUACUAACUUGAAAAAGUGGGAGAUUGUUGGCAUUGUCUCAUAUGGCAACAGAAUGUGUGGAACGGAAGGAUGGCCUGGGGUUUACACUAAAGUGUAUUCUUACGUUCCUUGGAUUCUGAGCAAAAUUGGAGAGUAA